GAUGAGGAUUGACUCUUCUCCCUCACAUCCUUUCUCCGGCAUCCGGUCAUCCGCGGGGGAAAGGAAGACAGAGAUAGAGAGAGAUGUACGGGUUCACCAGCGUCGAGAAGGGGGAUAUCGAGGCCGGGACGCUUUACCCGGGCCUGGGUUAUGGCGAGAACGAGCUCAGGUGGGGAUUUAUCCGCAAGGUCUAUGGCAUCCUGGCUACCCAGAUUGUCCUCACCACGCUGGUCUCCGCAGUGGUCGUUCUCCACCCGCCAAUCAAUGAGACCCUCAAGAACAGUCCCGGUCUGGCGCUGGGCCUGUCGCUCGUGCCCUUGAUCUUGAUGGUGCCCAUGUAUAUCUAUCAGCAGAAGCACCCUUUGAAUCUUAUAUUCCUUGGACUGUUCACUGUUUUCUUGAGUCUCUCGGUUGGUGUGGCCUGUGCUAAUACUCAAGGAGAAAUUGUAUUGGAAGCACUCAUUUUAACAUCGGCUGUGGUUUCUUCUCUGACUGGCUAUACCUUCUGGGCUGCAAGGAAGGGCAAGGACUUCAGCUACCUUGGUCCAGUUCUAUUUGCUGGUCUUAUACUUCUAAUUGUCACAGGAUUCAUCCAGGCAUUCUUCCCCCUUGGAUCGACUUCGGUUGCAAUCUAUGGUUUCUUUGGUGCUCUCAUUUUCUCGGCCUACAUUGUCUAUGACACCGACAACUUGAUUAAGCGAUUCAACUAUGAUGAGUACAUCUGGGCAUCUGUUGUUCUCUACCUUGACAUCCUCAACCUGUUUAUCUCGCUCCUACAGAUCUUGAGGGGCAUGCAGUCUGAUGGGUAAACUUACAAUUGCUGUGGAGAGCCUGAUGAUGUUACUCUUUGUGAUAUCUGAUGGUUCAUAGUGUGUGGUCUUCAACAGUUCUAUGCUGUAAUGUAUCUUAUAACCUAUGUUGUCUAACAAGCUGGGUGCAAUUUACCUGAAUGCUGGAUCUCUCUCUGAAUAUGUUGAUAGCGGGGUCUGAGUUUAAGAUUCUGAUAUAUCGAUGAUGCGAAGUUAAUGGUGUUCAAUAUAAUAAUUGCCGAGGCAAUGUUGGUUUA